CACAGUGUGAGGUUAUUUUUUCCUGCAGCCAUGAAUCUGACAGCUCCUCUGCUGCUGGUGCUUCUCACUGCUUGUAUAGCCAGCGGUGCUGUGCUACCCAAGGCCUUAUGGCAGUUUGCGACCAUGAUUCAGUGCGCCCAGCCCGGUGUUAAUGCCUUGGCCUACAACGAUUACGGCUGCUGGUGCGGCUUCAGCGGCAAGGGCACCCCUGUGGAUGAAGUCGACAUGUGCUGUAAGGUUCACGACAAUUGCUACUAUACGAGCAGAAGGGUGCCCGGGUGCACGGCCAUCGCCGACCUGCCCUACGUUCUGGCUUAUGAUUACACCUGCUCCAACCAACAAGUGACCUGCUCAGCGACCAACAAUAAGUGCCAGGCUGCUGUGUGCGAGUGUGAUCGGGUGGCAGCUCACUGCUUCGCUAGGACCACGUACAACCCUGAAAACAAGAACCUGGAUCCCAAAGUCCACUGUGUCAACUGAGUUAUGCAACUUGUCACACAACCACCCCCCCUCCCAAAAAAAAUACAAGAGGAUGUUUGAAUUUGUAAAAUCUUUUUUUCAAAUUCUUUAUUUCUCACUCAUUUAAAAAUAAAACCCUGAUAUAAAACACGGCGGAUUUUGUGCAAAGGAGUAAGUUUAAAAUAAAAAGAAUAAAGACUUGC